AAGUAUAUAAUAUUACUAUUUAGCUUAACUAAUAUAUCUAUUUUUAAACUAUAUAUAUUUUAUAUUAUACAAUAUAUAUAUUUUAUAUUAUACAAUAUUCUUAAAAUUAUUUAUAUUAUAUAUUUAAAUAAUAUUUUUAGAAUUUUUAUAAACAAAAUCUAA